GCGCGGAAUUUCGAGAGUGGGCGGUAUCAGAGAGGUUGUUGUGACCUCGUGCAGGCAGUUAUCCCCUCCAUUUAAACCUGUUUCUCCUUUAAUAUCUUUAGCUUAGUGAAAAAAAAAUGAAUCCUCAUCGAUUUUCGUGUAGUGUUUGCAAUAUAUGGUGUGACACUGAGAAUGUUCUACGAGCUCAUGAAACGGGGAGAAAACAUCGCUCUAAAUGUCUUGCUUUAGACAGUUUAAACAUAGUGGAUCAUAUUAAUUAUCCCCUAAAAGUUUCCUUACCAACACUAGUUACUCCUGAUUCGGGCUCACCGAAAGAUUCAUUCUUAGAUACCACCUCUUAUUCUACAGGGCCAAUGAGAAAUUCAAUCUGUGAUCAAGAAUCCUCUUCAUACGUAGGUUUCAUUGAUUCUAGUUCAAAUUGGACAAAGUCAAACCAGUUAUCUUCAGCUUCCGAAAUUUCCUUUACCUGCAACUUAUGCGGUAUACAUAUGAAUUCUUCAGAUCAAUAUACUUCUCACCUUCGUGGUCGCAAACAUCAAAGUAAAAUAAAUCUUAAUUCAGUUUCCAGUCUGUCUUCAAGCGAUACAGCAAUGUCACCAUCAAGUGACGAAAGCUCAACUUCUGUUUUUUAUCAGUGCAAUAUUUGUCAAUUUGUAAUAUUCAGUUCAAUGAAACUGAAACAUUUGGAGUCAGAAGAGCAUCAACUGAAUGUUCGCAAGUUAAGAGAAAAAUCAGUAUCAUCAAGUCCACGUGUAGACAACUCUCACCUACGUAAAUUUAAACGAUCUUGUCGAGAGGUCUUAGUACCCGUAUAUGGAUCAAUUAAGUUCACAUCUGCUGAGGCUAAGCUUUUGGAGAAUUCAGCGAAAGGAGAUCAAGAUUGUGUUUUGUUAUUGGAUUCAUCUGACGGUCGAGAUCGUAUUGCGAUACAUCUGGCAAAUGCAUUACUGAUAGCUAAUAAAAAUCUAUCAACUAUCGACUCGUCAAGUCCUUCUGCUCCUACCUGGGUAGUAUGGGUUCUACCCAAAACAGAUAGUUCCUUAGCUAACUCGAUUUCUGUAUUUGGAUCUCAAUCAGAUAAUGACAAUAAUACAUCUCAACGUCCUUUAAAAAUUGCUCACUUACCUUGUGAUGUAAAAAAAUUAACACAAGUUGAUUUGAUACUUACAACCUCUGAUUUGUUUGUUGAGCACUUAUCAAUUCUACUAAUGAAACAAGCGUUUAUUUGUGGUAUAAUUAUUCAUGAUGUCGAUGUAGCGUUAAAAAAUGAAGAGUUUUGCAAGCUUCUUUAUCGUUAUCUUCAAGAUUACACAAACCAACAUAAUCGAGGCCGAAUCAUAUGUUUUGGUCAAAUGAAAGUAGAGGAAGACAGCGUUUUUUCGUCGUUCACACAGUACGGUUAAAAAAAGGCACAAAUUUUUAAACAAAUGAAAUAUACAUAGAAAUGUUUAACAAAUUAUUUUAACCAUAAGAGAAUAAAUAUUUGAACAAUAUAGAUCUGAACCUCUUUUCAAUUUGCUAUUAUUUACAAACUAUUAUCAUUAAACAGAUACAUACUAAUUACAUUUAUUUUCCAUUUUCUUUUUUACUUGUUUCCCGGAAAAAAUAAAAUUGUUAAAUAUCA